AUGCACAGACUCUCGUCGUCGUUCUCGUGGGACACGGUGCUGACCAAGGAGCAGAUGCGCCGUUUCCCGUCGUUCUGCGACGGGGCCGAGCGGAUCAACACGUACGUCCUUGGAUGGUGCGUGGUGACGCUUGUGGCGCCACUUGGUAUUGUGCUGCCGUUCCUGCUCUCCAACGACUACUCGGACGACACAUCGCUGACGCUGUGGAUUGUGUUCAUUGCCUGCAUCGUGCUUGGAUGUGGGUUCUGCUGCUGGCGGCUCUCGCCGGUCUACUUUGGCGGCCUCUGCUGCGCGCCGGCAAGCACGCCCAAGACCCAUCCGUUUAUGAACGACGAGCCGGUUGUCCGAGUCCCGCUCAAGCGGCUUGGCCUCAUUGUCAACCCACUCUCUGGCAACAAGAAGGGCGUCCGGAUUGUCAGCGACAUCUUGCGCCCGGUGUUUGAGGACGAGUUUGGCAUCGAGGUCAAGGUAUUCGAGACCGAGUACGCCGGCCACGCGGUCGUCCUCGCCGAGACCAUCGACACGUCCAAGCUCGACGGCCUGGUGGUCGCCGGCGGAGACGGCUCGUUCCACGAGGUAGUCAACGGCAUGAUGCGCAGGACCGACGGCUCGGCGGUACCCAUUGGGCUCAUCCCGUCCGGCACCGGCAACGCCGUCGGCCAUUCGCUCGGCCUGUUCAAGACCCGGCUCGCUCAGGCCGCCCGCCGCAUCGCCCGCGGCGAGGUCUACCACAUGGAUGUCAACCGGGUCAAGUUCAAGCCCAACCCGCAUGCCCGCUCCGUCGUCAAGUUCUCGGCCAUGACUAUCUGUUGGGGCCUUGUCGGCGACAUCGGCGUUGCCGCCGAGCUCCACCGCAACGAGACCAUCGGCAAGUACGCCCACGCCGCGUGGGUCGGCUUUAAGGCCAAGCCCGAAAAGGUGACCAUUACCAUUUCGGGCGGCGACCUCGACGAGCCCAUCACCUUUAACCAGAACCUCAUGACUGCCUUUAUCCAGAACACGCCGCAUUUUGGCGAAGGCUACUACGUCGUUCCCUCUGCCAAGCUCGACGAUGGGUGCAUGGACAUCGCCAUUCUCGAGCAGGCUCACCGCGGCGAGCUGCUCAAGACCUUUACCCAGCUCCCGCGCGGUGCCCACACCGGCAACCGCAAGAUCCAGACCUACCGCAUCCAGAAGGCAGUCAUUGUUCCGGCCUCCUCGCCGGGUCUCAUCAACAUCGACGGCGAGGUCAUUCCCUUUGACGGCCCCAUCACCGUCUCCACCAUCCCGCACGCCCUCUCCAUCUUUGUCGCCUCGGACUCGCACCUCCCCGACGCCGACCUGCCCGAGCCCGGUCCGAUCACCGGCAAGUCCAAAGUCAAGGGCAAGGGCAAUGGUAAGGGCAAGGGCAAGGCUGCGAAGGCUAUCAAGGCUGCCAAGACCAAGGCCAAGGCGACCAAGGCGACCAAGGCUACCAAGGUCACCAAGGCUGCAAAGGGCAAGAAGCGGACCGAGCCCGAGAGCUACGACUCGUACUAUUCGGCAUGAACCUCACACACCUUUGUCUCCCUCCGUUCAUUGUGAUCUUUCGUGCGCUCACGGGCGC